AAACUGAUGAACUAACUGCCUAUACAAACAAUCAUCAUCAUGUUCAGAAUAUAGCGCCAUGUUGCAACAGGUGGUGCUCUAGUUUAUAAGAGAGAGUAAUUAACACAGGUGCCUACGAUGACACACAUGCAACUGGUUAUAGCUUACACCGGAUACGCUCAUCGAACCGUAGAGAUGAACCCACGUGUUGAAAUAAAGACACAUCCCUUCUCGACAGUGUGUCCUAGUUUACCUUACGCCUCAAGGACGAGGCGGGAGGCCAGCUUCCGUGUUCGUUUUGUUUGUUGAGUCCAACAUUUACUUGCUGUUACCGCAGCUACAUUUAUGUGUUAUUACAUCUAUCCUCCUUCGAUGCCAUCUACCAUAUGCUACAGCUGACAAUCUCCAUAGCCUGUUUACAUUUGUCGCUUUUAAUGUAUGUCUAUAAAACGUUCAACGCUGAAAGCAGUCUUUGUACAUAUGCUAUUGGCGACUGUAUACACCACGUGCCCUCUCUGUAUAGGAGCGUAUCUUCUAACGGCGAAAGCGGGUCAGUACUUAUCUAUAGCCACUGCCAAAGACUGAGCCUCGGGGAUCAGGCGUCAGUCCUCUAAAAUGGGGAUCAAUCGGAUGAACUGACCCGAACAGUUAGACCUGUUUGCAGUCACAUGGGAGAAAACCCAGACCACGCCUCAAGGAGAACGCCCCUUUAAGGAAACCCAUUGCUGUGGAAGGGGACACUACGGAAUUCAGGUUGACACAUGGACUGUUUACAUCGAGGCGUCAACACUGAAAGUAUGCAUGGUCAUUAACAAUGCGAGGUUCUAUCAGCAGACGACACUAUCAUCCCGAGCAGACGACACUGUCACAACACGCAGACGACAUGUAGGAUACUUCUGCCUGUUCUCAAUCUGAUGUCGGUAUGGGUGAAGGUACAACGGUCAUGGCGGGUGCCCAGGGGCCGUCCUUCGCCUCCCUGUACGGCGACCGUGACCCUGUCAGCGUGCUGAUGGAGUAUGGCCAGACGCGGGAGGUCACGGUGGAGUUCACGGAAUUCUCGCGUUCCGGCCCAGACCACGCCUCCUGCUUCCACACCGCCGCUGUAGUGGACGGUGUCCUGCACGUUGACGGCGUGGGGUCGUCCAAGAAGGUGGCGAAGAAGGAAGCGGCGGAGAAGGCUCUGAAAACCAUCUAUGACAAGGGACGCAAGAGGCUGAAGGAGGCCAACUUUGAAAUGAACAACACCUUUGAAGAUCAGACGGACUUGAGCCACGCCCACAAGAUCAAACUGCUGACUCGCGGUGUGUUGGAGUUGGCGGAGGAAACACAACUGGUCUAUUACACCAAAGACAAAAUCGCAGCCGCCAUUGUUCUCGAAAUGCACCAUGGGAGGUUUGUGGCUGUUGGCCUGGGAACGGGUAACAGGUGCAUCCUCCACCAACACAUGCGAGAUGACGGCAGCAGAAUCAUCCACUCCCACGCAGAGAUCAUCGCCAAGCGGGCGUUCAUCAGGUACUUGUACAAGCAGCUGGAGAGGUACGAGGACCGCAGAGGACAUCAUCUGUUUGAGAGGAACCCCGUGACUGGGAAGCUGAAGAUCAGGGAUGACGUCAAGCUUCACCUCUACAUCAGUCGCCCCCCGUGUGGAGACGCUUCCGCCUUCCCCACUAUAGGGAACGGUCCCACCCGGAUGAAGGCAAUAAGAAAGCAGGGGCAACUCAGGACUAUCAUUGAAGACGGCGAGGGUGCCAUUCCCACCGAUUCCUACAUUCCUGCUGGAGAGAGCGGAAGUGAGAGACUGCGCAUCAUGACCUGCUCAGACAAGAUAUGCCGAUGGAACGCUCUCGGCCUCCAGGGGGCGCUUCUAAGUCAUUUUAUGGACCCUCUUUACCUGUCAUCAGUCAUUAUAGGCAGCUACUCUGGUGACCAACGCGAACACAUUCCACGAGCUAUUUUUGGCCGACUCACAACCGGAGACCUCCGCCAGGACUUGCAGCCACCAUAUCGUGUUAAUACGCCAGAGAUAUCGUACCCGGAUGCCGAUCUCCAUGACAACUACAACAUCAACAAAUCCCGCCAGUAUUACGUCACAUGGACAUUCGGUGACCCAGGGGUGGAGGUCAUCGACGGGAUGACGGGCGCCAUGGUUGGAGGGUCCAUCUCUGCCAAGGAAUCCCGUCUUUCCAAGGAAUCCUUCUUCACCUCCUUCCGGGGUCUGUGCCGGAAGUUCAACAGACCGGAUAUGCUCAAAACAUCUUACAAAGAGGCCAAACUGCUGUCAGAAGACUACCAGGCGUCCAAGAGCACGCUGUACCAGCACUUCCAGACCUGUGGGUACGGGCCGUGGUACUCUGUCGAGAACAACUACAGCGUAGAUAGCUUCUCAUAGGAGCAGAACGGUACAACUGGUUCCAUAGUUGGUGGCACCGCUAGCUGUAAAACUUCGAAUAGAUGCCGGGCCCAGUGCCGAGUACGUGAUCAAAGGCCACUUCUGGCCUCCAACAAACAAAAUGGCCGUUUAGGAGUUGCGCCGAAGUAACUGGCCUGCCCUUAAGACCCUGAAUUGUCAGAGAAGACUGCUCAAAAAGUCGUCCUCUUUUGUCCAGUCUGAAGAUUGCAGCGUUCAUGUAGUCACUUUCGCUCUGGACACAUUUCUAGUCCUUUCGCAUCAGACCUUGAUUUUGAAACCUGUUAUUAUGAUGAAAAAAGUACAGAGAACUUGUUUUUAGGAGACCCUGAUAAAUUUCCUUUUUUCUUUUUUGGCUUUGAAUAUUAAAGGGGACUACAUUUUGGGAAUCAGUAAUGGAUGAUUGACUCCCCAACUUUUAAAUUGUUAAAGAAUGUUGAUCAAAAUGUAAACAACCUGGAAGUAGAUUUACAUUCGCUGCAAAGUUUAGCGUGAAGGUGAAGGUCGGGCUGAAGACAGACGGCGUCAGUGCUAGGUUUUACUCUCGGAAUGGUUGUGCAAUAUUAAUCUUUUAUACCUUCUUACGAGAGUCGUUACCCAGGAUGCCAGUUCCACAUGCAACGAGUCUAGUGCCAAUUCCAGGCCCGGAUGUCUUGUUGUAAUAAGAGGCCCGGGGCGCUAUUCGAAGUUUUACCGUUUCAUGGUAGUUUAGUACUAUAUCCUUCACCAGGAACCCAUGAUUUUAACAGAAGAAUUGUCAGGACUUGAUGUCCUAAAAAUCUAAUUUAAAUGAUUGAAAUAUAUUACUUGAUACUUGUGUAUAACGUAAGGCAUAUUGCUCUAUGUUGAAUAUCCGGCUUUGCUGACAAUGACAGGUAUUUUUGUUAUGUUGAUUAAUGCCGCACUCAACAAUAAUCAAAACAUAUGACUGCCAUCUGUAAAACAGCCUGGACCAGGCAAUCAGAUGAUAGACAUCAUGAGCACCGAUCCACGCCGUUGGAUACGGGUGACAUUCACCAAGCCUGGCCACCCGAUCCCGUUAGUCGCCUCUUACCACAAACAUAAAGUGCUGACGAUGAAUGCUAACUCGGGUCUUCACCAGUAAUUUAUUACUUAAUAUAUUCAUGUAUUCAUGUAUUCAUGCUGGAUAGGAAACUGGAUUCAGAAAUGUUGAGGCGGUAGGGGUGGGGGUAAGUCUGACCGUGUUGUGAGUGGGGUCUUCACGCUUUAACGGUAACGUUCAGUGUAGAGGGGUGGAUCCACUUGACAAUGGGCAAUGGACACGAGAAUGACAAUAACAAAAAAGGUAUUUCUACACGACGAUAUUGCUAUUGUCAUUGGAGUCAAUGUGUUGUUUAGGGCCGGGGUAGGAACUUCACCCACCCCUGUAUCUACUACUGAUACCCUCAUCCUGGAUACAGAUCGAUAUUCGGUUAGAGUCAUAUCAGAUUGUCCAUGCAAAUAACUCAAAAUUGAUGGACAUACAUAUGAUAGGUACAGUCAGAUAUUUGAUAUAUGUGUAUAUACACUUGACAUGGUUGAAUAAGUUGUGUAUAUGAUGGUAAUAUAUAAGAUGUGUCAAUCAAACGUGGAGUAUUAUAGCAUCGCAGACUGUGAUUUGAUGGAUUCCCUAUGAAGAAGGAUAUGAGUUAAAUGGCAAA